AUGUCUACCACAAUGAAUCACGCCAAAGAUGCGAUGAAUGCAGAACAUUUCGAGAUGCCCGACAAGGGCGCUCUGCCUGAGCCGCAACACUCGAACGGAGAUCUUCAGCUCAUCAACACCAUUGGCGAGGUCCGAAGAAUCCCGAUUCCGUCUAAUGAUCCAAAUGACCCUCUCAACUACUCCAAGUGGAGGAAGCUAGGCAUUCUGAUAUGCUGCUGCUGGUUCUCCAUUUUCUCGCUUGUGCUUGUCGGUGGUCUGGGGCCAAUCCUGGGCGUGUUUAUCGGGCUAUAUGCUCCUAUGGGAAAGACUGUGCAAGAGGUCGUCAAUCUCACGACCUACCCUAGUCUGGUUAUGGCAUUUGGCAGUUUCCUUAUCCUCCCAUUGUCGAUGAUGUUUGGUAGACGACCUAUUCUGCUUGGAUGCAGUAUCCUUUUGCUCGGGUCCACCAUUGGUGCUGGAGCAAGCGACUCGUACAACACCCAUAUGGCUUGCCGGAUCCUUCAGGGUAUUGCGGCAGGAGCUACCGAAUCGGUUCUACCUCUUAUCAUCACCGACAUGUCGUUCGUGGACGAGCGCGGCCUAUGGUUCGGAGUCUAUUGGGGCUCGCAGAACCUUAUCAACACGGUAUUCGGCAUUAGUUGCUCUUACCUGGUAGCCGCCACCUCAUGGAGAUGGUUUUACUACGUCUUAGCGAUCUUCGCAGCCGCCGGCCUUGUGCUUAGCUUCUUCCUGCUUAGCGAGACUAGAUACACCAGAUCGCCUGCAUCUAUGAACGGCCAGGUCGUUGUUACCGACGAGUGGGGUGUGACACACUUUCUCUCUGAUGCCGAGGCCAGAGAACGUCUUGGGGAUGUGCACGAGUCGGACCAACAGGACCACCGCGAAAAGACCUAUCUACAACAUCUUAACCCUAUCAGUGGUACUGCUCCUAACGCACUUAGGCUAGGUCUCGGUGCUGAGAUUAAGAUGCUACAAGCCUGCAGUUCUCCGGGUGUUAUCUAUGCCAUCUUGACCUCGUCAAUCGCGCUGGGCGUGGGUAUUGCCAUGUCGCUUGUCUACGCCUCAAUCCUAACGACCGAGUUCCAUUGGUCCGAGAAGUCCAUAGGGCUAGUCAACGCCGGUAUCCUUCCGGCAUCCUUCGCUGCCAUGUUCUAUGCCGGCUGGUGUGGCGACAAGAUGAAUCUCUGGCUCGCCAAACGUCGUGGCGGCGUCCACCUUCCCGAGGACACCCUUGUACAGUUAAUUUUGCCUUUCAUCGUAGGCGCAAUCGGCAUCAUCAUCUUUGCGAUCACGGCAAACUCUCCGCAGAAUCACUCCUCUUGGGGUAUUAUCAUGGGAUGGACCCUAUACGAAUUCGCCUUCAUCGUCGUCUUGAUCACAACCACCCACUUCGGCUCCGAAGCCUUCCCCAAGAACCCUGGACCAGCUCUUGUCGUUGUGAUCGGUGUCAAAAACAUCAUCUCCUUCGGUGCGUCAUUCGGUAUCGUACCAAUGGUGCACGCUUACAACUACCUGACUGCUUUUAUGAUUUUGUUCGGUAUCUAUGUCGGGAUCUUCUUGCUUGGUAUUCCCGUCUACUUCUUCAACCCAAGGUGGAGAGCAUAUAUGGCGAAGAAGCAGGAGAACUAA